CCUUCCAACAUCUCUCUCUCUCUCUCCCUCUCCCUCUCUCCCUCUCUCCCUCUCUCCCUCUCUCGCUCUCUCUCUUUCUCUCUCGCUCGCUCGCACGCGGAACACAGAGCACCGAUGUCCAAUGUCGUGGUCCCAGAAGUGGUACUGAACUCGGGCAUAAGGAUGCCACUGAUCGGAAUGGGUGGAGGUGCAGACAGUCUGCCCCCGCCCGACGUGCUGACAUCCAUAUUCCUUGAUGCCAUUGAAGUUGGGUACCGCCACUUUGACACGGCGGCAAACUACGGCUCUGAAGAGGUGCUCGGCCGGGCCGUUGCCGAGGCCCUGGACCGAGGGCUCAUCAAGAACCGUGGCGACAUCUUCAUCACCACCAAGCUUUGGUGCACUGACGCUCAUCCGGGUCUUGUUCUUCCUGCUCUCAAGAAGUCUCUCCGGAAGCUAGGGUUAGAGUAUGUGGAUCUGUAUCUCAUCCACUGGCCAGUGAGAGUGAAGGAAGGACUUGAAGGGUACAAUUUCAAAGGCCAAAUGUUGCCUUUUGACAUCAAAGGGACAUGGGAGGCCAUGGAAGAGUGCUCCAAGCUAGGCUUGGCCAAGUCCAUUGGAGUUAGCAAUUUUGGAACCGAGAAGCUUUCUCAACUCCUCAUGCAUGCCACUAUACCUCCUGCUGUUAACCAGGUGGAGAUGAAUGUGGGAUGGCAACAAGAGAAGCUGAGGGCGUAUUGCAGAGAGAAGGGAAUACAUGUAAGUGCAUGGUCCCCAUUGAGCGCGAAUGGAGCUUCUUGGGGUUCAUUAGCGGUUGUGGAGAGUCCUGUGCUUAAGGAGAUUUCUAUCGCCAAAGGGAAGACCGUGGCACAGAUUGCACUGAGGUGGAUACAUGAGCAAGGGGCAAGCAUGAUAGUGAAGAGCUUCAACAAAGAGAGAAUGAAAGAGAACUUGCAAAUCUUGGAUUGGGGACUUAGCCAAGAGGAUUUGGACAAGAUCAAGCUUCAGAUCCCACAGAAAAGAGGAUUUCCUGGUGAUUGGUUCAUUUUCGAAGAUGGGCCUUACAAGUCAUUGGAUGAGCUCUGGGAUGGAGAUUAUUGAAUUAGAUCACGCAUCAAUGACUCUCUUUGCCUCUUUGGUGAUCUCCCGCAAAUGAUGAUUAUGAUUAAUAAUUGCAAUUUUUAUAUUAUACUUCCACAUUGCAAAUUUAUAUGAAAUCAACUUUGAAUUU